AUGAGGGGUUUGAAUCAAUUAGGGGCAGUUGAGACCAUCUACGAGGAAGAAUGCGAGUUUUCCUCAACCUCUUCUCCUUCCCCUACGCCGUCAUUUUCCUCUUCUCCUGCGUCCCUUCACUCCAGAGUAAAGGCCUGGUCUCUGAAAAUUGGCCGUGAUACAGAUGUCUUGGUUCGUGUUCAAGGAGUAUGUUUUCGUCUCCACAAGGACCGUGUGGUUUCACAAAGCUCAUACCUAAAACGCCGUCUAACCGAAACUUCGGACCUCACUAUCUCUCCCCCGUUAAACAUAACUGCGGACACCUUCGCCGCCGUAGCCCAUUUCUGUUACAAUGCCAAAGUCCAAAUGACGCCGGCAAACGUCGCCGUCAUCAGAAUGGCGUCGGAGAUGCUGGGAAUGACGGCAGCUGACGGCCUGAGCCACGUGGCGGAAAUGCGGUUCUGGGAAGUCGUUUGCAAUAACCCAGAGCAGGCGUUAACGGUUCUCCGUUCGUGCAUGCCUUUACUUCCCGAGGCUGAAACGACGGCGUCUCUUGUUAGCAGAUGCAUUGAAGCGCUUGUUUCAGUUCACCGCAUUACUCGUUUAAAUGAGGUGAAUGAAAUGCAGCCUCCACAUUUUCAAAUUGUGGUGGAAUCAAUGGGAAGAAGGUUCGAGAAUCACGACGUGGUGUACAAGAUGGUUGAUUCGUAUCUUCAGGAAAACAAGUUUGCGAAAGUACCGGAGGAAGAGAGAAGUGGAAUAUGCAGUUGCAUAGAUUGCACGAAGCUCUCGAGUGGGGCCCUGUUAGAGUGUGUUCAAAACCCUAGAAUGCCCUUGAGAUUGGUGAUGCGAGCGGUGCUGGUAGAACAUCUCAACACUCGCCACUCCAUCGCUAUGGCAAGCUCUCAAGUUCAACGUCAUCAACUCCGACUCGAGAGUAACGUGGGACGACAACGACGUCGCUCCAUGACGCUCGGUGACUUCAUCCAUCGCGACGCGGCGCUGCGGCAAACGGAGCGACUGAAGACAGUGAUGGAUUCCACGAAUGAGCGCAUUCGAAGCCUGGAAGAAGAGGUGAGGUGCAUGAACAGAGUGUUGAGGGAAUGUGAAGGGAAGGAGGUGGAAGAGGAGAGGGGUGUGUUGGGGUCAGAGCGUUCGGCGAGUUUCCAUUUUGUGCCGGUUGAGAAUGGUAGAGUGAAGAAGGGGGAACGAUGGUCGAGUUCGUCUUCGAGAAUUGAGUUAGAUGGGAGAAUGGAAGAGCAUCAGGGGAAGAGGUCUUCUUUCUCUGUGGAUGUUGGGCGAGUGAACCCGAAGACGAACGGGACUUUUAGGCAGAGGUUCAUGAUUGGACUCAAGAAUGCGUUUAGGGUGCCAAAUUCAGCUUCAACUUGA